AUGGUGCUUGCGGGGCUGCUGGGAGUGCAUUUUCUGGUUAAUGUGGUGGGGAUGUAUUUGCUGGAUACGUUUCCGGGGGGUGAGGUGAAUACGGAGUAUGGGACUUGCUGGAAGGAUGAUGGGGUGAUGCGUGCGUUGGAGAGUUGGGGGUGGUGGGCGAGGAGUAUUGUGGUCAGUGGGGCGGUGAUUGGGGUUAUGGGGUUUUGCACGAUGAUUGGGUAUUUUUUCAUGGCGCUGUUCGCUGCGCGCAUGAAUCAACUUGAUCGACAGCGACCGAUUGGGCUGCAGAAUCUUGCUCCUUCGAGGCGUACUGGUAAUUUCAACGUGACAAGUCCAACAUCAACAAUGGCCGAAAUUGCUCAAGACACCCCCACCACCCAAACAGACACUGACCACAUCCGCACCUGGCUCAAAGAGCCCCUCCUCGAAUUCAGCUACAAUGACUUCGACCGCCAAAUCCAAGUCCGCGAGUACCUAAACAUCACCACCACCAAUCCCGACGAUCCCGCUCACUGGCUCGAAUCCAGCAGCAUCGACACCGUCCUCGCCUUGCUAACUCUCAAGUACCACCGCAGCGAUGUCUACAUCUUACCAAUGUACCAUGGCGGCAUGCUAUACGACAUCGGCGGUCACGACGCUGAGUACGUGUUUGACGAGGACCAAGACUGCGACCCACUGAAACCCGUGCGGGAUAGAAAACACAGGUGGAUCAUUGUACCUGUCAACGAACAGACAUUGCAGAAAGAAGAGUCCAUGGAGCUAUCCUGGGCAAUGGGUCAGGCGCAGGAUAGGAACGGAAGUAAAGGCAAUGAUGCAGCAUCCAAGGAUAUGGCAAGUGGUGGCCACUGCGGUCUCCUUGUCAUCGACAAGCGCAAGAAAACUGCACGCUGGAUAGAUGGAAAGCUCACUCUUUCACCUAGCCGGAAUAAACCCGGUAGAAUGAAAAUCAAUCAUAUGUUUGUACUGGGUGCGGUGGCUGCAACCAUGGUUCGCGGUGUCGAACGUGUGUUAGGACUCGAGCAUGGCUCCUUUCAUGCCAAGACCGUCAAAUAUGUUCCUAAUCAAUCAGAGCACAAUUCCUUCAAGAGGGACGGAGGCGCGAGUUGCGGGCCAUAUAUCAUCGCGUUUCUAGAGUACGUACUGAGUACUAAGGGACGCCUUGCGGAUUUCGAUAAUGUUUUCAAAGUGGGGAAUUGGAAGAGAAACUGUGAGGGCAUGGCGUUUGAUUCGCUGAAAACGAGGGUGCACAUGCAGGAGAUUAUUCAAAACAAGAGCGAGAAGUUGCAGGGGGAGGAGGAGCCGCCGUUGAAGCUGUCAAAGGAGGUUUAUGGGAUUUUGAGGCCCAAGGUUCUGGGUACGCUAGUGGCGGCGAGGUGGAGGGAGUGGGAGGGGAUGAGGGAUAGGAUUGAUUUUGAUGAUUAUAAGUUUGGGGGUGGGAAGAGGAGGAGGGGCCGGGGGCGAAGGAGUGGGGGUGGCAGUAGUGGUAAUAGUGGAAGCGGCAGAGGCAGCUCUAAUGGAGGAGGAGGUGGUGGUGGAGGUUCUAGUGGAGGAGAUGACAGUAAUGACAGCGAUAAAGGAGACAUCGGUAACGACGAAGCAGAAGAAGAAGCACGCAUCAUCAACCUCAUCGAAACAGACGAAGAAGACCUAGACGACAAUUUCUUUGACCCCCAAGACCCCGCCGCAGACCCAGUAUCUAAAAAGCAUCUUCGUGACGAAAUCCGCUCUCAACUCAAGAACUACAUUGGCAUGCCAACAAAAGACGGCGCCUACCUCCGCGCCUUUGAAAUCCAGAAAGAAGCCGCAAAAGUAAUCGAAUUCAACAACUCAACUAGGGUCGCCCCUGAACCCGCUUCCAGGACUGCUCCCAGAACCACCCCCAAACCCACCUCGACCCCUGAUCCUGCCCGCCCUACCCGCAUCUCAAUACUGCAGUACCCAGAAGGCAUAACCACCGCGCCCCUCGACUUCGCCUCUACAUCCGAAGUCCCCUCAAAAACCCUCCUUCUAUGGCGCCUCGCAAACAUUGAACGCAUCGACGCCUGCCAGCUCGGUAGCAAAACCACCGAAGACGGCAUCUCCGUACGCGCAAUUCUACAAGUGCUUUCAGGCGUAGAAUUUGGAAAAGAGCCAGAUGAGCGGUUGACAAAGAUCUGGAUAAACGAUCCAGAAGUGUUUAAUAGGAAGGAUAGGUAUGAUAAUUUGCUACCGGGUAUUAUUGCGUGGAAGAUGAAGGACAGGUACGAGCUUUUUGAUAUGGAGAAUAUACCGAGUACGCGGGGGGUGAAGAGGGGAAUUGAGGAGGCCAGGGGGGGUGGGCAUGGAGAUGGGGAUGGGGAUGUAGGGGGUAGCGUUGGGAAGAAGGCUAAGAAAUAG